GCACAGACGAGCCAGAGGUACAACGUGUUUCUUCAGCACCUGAACUCGCAGAACGGGGAGAGAGAGAGAAAGAUGCAGAGGAGUUGGAAUUCCAUAAGCACAAGAAAAACGUGAACUUCGGCUACCGCUACAGCAUUGUAAUGGGCUGUGGUGAAUUUUCCGUAGGCCGAAGGGUCUCGGAAGUCGAACGAGUGAAGCAGAAUCAGAGGAGACAUAGGUGGCUCCAAGAAUGCCGGAGAUUGGGUGAUGGCGACUCCAAUGGUCCUUAUGAUUCGGAUCAAGAUUCCGUGGCUGACGGAACGCUGGGCGAUGAAUCUGGAACUGACACCGAAUGCGUGGAAAAACCAACGAGAAGAAGAUCCAGAAGUGACUACAAUGCAGAGGUCUUUGAAAACAUGCAGGACAGUGGCGAUGGUGCAGGCCUCGAGGGUUCCGAGCAAAGUGCCAGCGAAGAGAAGCCAGAGAAUCCGGCGCGCCAGCGCUGGGCUGAGAGAGGGAGAGCUCAAACCAGUUUGGAGAUAGGCCCUAAAGCCACGUAUUCGAAGACUCAGAGCAACAAACUCUGCUCGGGCACUGCGGUUUGGGGAUUUUUAGCCCUGGGAUUUGGAGUGCUCCAUUUGUGGCUGGGCCACAAGUGCUGGGCUCGUUGCGAGCUCAACUUAGAAAGAAGGGCUGUGAGACGUGCGCUA